UAAAAGCCUGUGACUUUCCCUGUGCUGGCCCUGCCACUGGAUCUCAGUGGAUUUUAGCAUUUUGGUUUUUAGAUCUCAUGAGAUACUUCUCAGGGAAAGUGUGCUUAAUGCCUCUGCUCUGGCCUAAUUUAUUAACAACAAGAGAACAUUUUGCUACUGUAUUACUUCUCAUUUAUGGUAUGUCUUAAAAGUCAUAAAACUGAUUUCCUGAAAAACCAGAGCUCUUUCGAUAUGGCUUUGGAAGCCACUUAUCAGGAAAUAAGUUUCAAAAGUGAAUCCACGUGCUCAGGCACCAGCUCAGCCUCUCCUGCAGCACCCAGAGAGAAGAGCUGCCUUCACAACAGUAACUGUGUUUUUUCCAAGCUGCUUUUUGCCUCAUUGCUGCUGCUGCUUCUGUUACUGGCAGCCUCGUUCCUUCUGGGUGUGGUCAUUUUCUUCAAAAAAUCUCAAUGUCUUGAAGAAAAAAAGACUACCAAAGAACUGAUUCACACAAAAUUGGAGUGUAUGGUAAAGAAGUUGCCCAAGGAAGGUGUCCAUCCUUUCAACAGAGAGAAAGUCUGGAGCUGCUGCCCACAGAAUUGGAAGUCAUUUGGCUCCAACUGUUAUUUUGUUUCUACUGAAUCAAAAUCUUGGCAUGAGAGUGAGAAGGACUGCUCUAGAAUGGGGGCUCAUCUGUUGGUGAUCAACUCCAAGGCUGAGCAGGACUUCAUCAUCAAGGAUUUGAACCGGUAUUCUGCUUAUUAUGUGGGGCUGUCAGAUCCAGAAGGUCAGGGACAUUGGCAAUGGGUGGAUCAGACGCCGUAUAAUGAGAGUAUCUCGUGAGUAUGGAAUUAGAUAAAGGGUUCUAGGGUCCUGGAUUAUGCAAGGAGU